AGGAGGAGGAGGAGGAGGAGGUUGCAAGCUCCGGGGCUCAAAGGCAAAUCAGAUAGACAGACGAAGAAAAAGGAGGAGUGCAGCAGAGUAAGGAGAGACCAUGAGAAGAAGAAGAAGGGCAAGAUGGGUGGAAGGUUUGAGGUGAACAAGGGCACUUUGGUUUUAAACCUCAGCUGGAGCAAAGCGCUGACCGGGUGAGUCGAGGGAGGAAAAAGUUGCAACCAGGCACAGCAACAGAUAAAUUCAGAAAACUGCAGAGAGUGCAGGGAGUGAUGGCAAAGUAUGUGCGGAGGAGGUAGACGCCGGGGGAGGAGGUUUCGUUCCCCACAGCUCCUCUCAGUUUCUCAGGAUUUCCCUCCCUGGACGCUACUGCUGCUGCUGCUCUAAGUGCCUUCUCUCCAGGGCCAUACUCUUCCAUAUCUGGACUCCUGGAUUUGGACAAACAGUGAAGUGGACUGAAUCAGGCAGGACAACAACGCUGAGGAUUACCAACUGUUGUAAGACAAAAACAGUAGGAAAAAGCAGAAAAAGGGGGUUACUUGGCUGAUUCAUAAAGUCCCAUAAGUAAAUGCCUGAUGAAUUUCUGUUGAUUAUUUGGACAGUACAGCCUUGUUCUGACAAGUUGUCACUUUGCAUGAAAUUCUGCUUCUUCUGUUACUGACAGGUUUGUUUUAGAAGAUUAUCUCCUCCUGACUCUUGUUUAUCAUGAAUAUUAUUGCAGAUGCUGCUCAGACCAGAUAGUUGGAUUGUCCUCAGCUUGCAGAUAGAGUGUUCACAGUAUGUUUUUGUUCCAGAGCUGAGGUUUCAGAGAUUGCUCUUGUGGUUGGUGUAUAUAAUGGGGUAAUUUAUUUAUAAUCGCUAAUGUUGUUUUGCCAUUUUAUGGCAUGGAAGAUGAGAAGACUUGAGUAUUUCAUGUUCUGUUCUCCAACGUUCUUUGUUUCAAUAAGUCGGUUGCAUUCGCUCAGACUUUCUCCCACCUAAUGGGAGCGAGAUUAUGAAAAUGGACACAGAGGCUGUGCCAAAUCCUUUGCUUUUCCCAAGCUGCAUUUUCAUCUAAAACCAAGAUGUGACUGGUGAGUGUAAACUAUGGCAUGAGGACUGAUAAUAGCUGUUUGGAUUAAGAGGAUGAGCAGUAACUUGUGUCUUUGCCAGUCUCAGCUCCCGAGAGUGCGCACAGGGGGAAAGUCUGGAAAGUGACUCUAAACGUCUCCUUUAAUGCACUGUAAUAAAUGGCUCAUGACACAACCCCCAUUUUCCCUCACGGGUCCAGAGAGGGAGGUUUUCCAUAUAUGUCGGCUUCCACAUAUUUUCCACUUCAGCAUCAGUGUUGACAUUAGAACAGCCUUCAUCCAGUUCUCUGGCCUGGUUCUCAUGCUGUGUGUCCUGGGCCUGGAAACAAACCCAUGCAGUCACCCACCAACCAGACUGAUUCCCGUCACAUCUCGGUUCAUCUCUGUUGAAAACACUUGUUGUUGACUGGCCCGGCCCAGUGUGACUCGGGCCGGCCAGGGCUUCCUUUCGUCUCCCCCAGGGCUUGGCCCUGAGUGGGCCCCACCACCACCCCGGCGUUCUGCAGUCAUGGGGAUCCAGGGCAUGGAGCUGUUUGCCAUCGGAGUGGUCAUCAUCCUUUUCAUGGCAGUUCUCAAACAGUUUGGCAUUCUGGAGCCCAUGUCCUCGUUUGAAGACAGCAGCGACAGUGAUUUGGAGCUGUCGACGGUGCGUCACCAGCCGGAGGGGCUGGACCAGCUGCAGGCUCAGACCAAGUUCACCAGGAAGGAGCUUCAGUCUCUCUAUCGAGGCUUCAAGAACGAGUGUCCCAGUGGGCUGGUUGAUGAGGAGACAUUCAAGUCCAUCUAUUCUCAGUUCUUUCCCCAAGGAGAUGCAACCACCUAUGCUCACUUCCUGUUCAACGCAUUUGACAUCGACAGAAACGGCUCAAUCCGCUUCGAGGACUUUGUCAUCGGCCUGUCUGUGUUGCUCAGAGGCUCGGUCACUGAGAAGCUCAACUGGGCCUUUAACCUCUACGACAUUAAUAAGGAUGGCUACAUCACCAAAGAGGAAAUGUUGGCGAUAAUGAAGUCAAUCUACGACAUGAUGGGAAGAUACACCUACCCCUGUGUGCGAGAUGAAGCACCCUCUGAACAUGUGGACAAAUUCUUCCAGAAAAUGGACAAAAAUCGAGAUGGUGUAGUGACCAUUGAAGAGUUCAUUGAAACCUGUCAGAAGGACGAGAACAUCAUGAACUCCAUGCAGCUGUUUGAAAAUGUGAUAUAAGGAAUGGAGAUUCUCUCAGUAGUUUUCCUCCACUAGCCCCACGUGCACAACUCACACACACACACACACACACACACACACACACAACACCAUGGACCUCACCCGCACCUCAAACUCCACACUAAAACAUGACAUCCUGACACAUAACGUAGGUACUGUAAAGAAACGGGAACUAGACGUUUUCGCUGUUUCUCGUCACGCUCUUUUUAGCUGCAUCCUGCAACUGCUUCUGGAUUAAAACGACUGUUACAGACAGAAGAAGCUUCCUGGGUAAAAAUCCCAUCCUCAAUGAGGCAACAGAUGAGCCCCUUGUUCUUUUAUCUUCAGACAAAAAGGAUCAACAACCAACAAAGAGCGAAGAAGCUUACAGUAAUCCAUUGACCUGAGCACACAAGGACACUAGCUUUAACACUAAUACACCUUGUUUCUGUCUCUGACACACACACACUGUUUCUCACACAGACCUACUGUGUCCUGGAGAAUUUUUAGAGCACUGGGUGAACAAAGAGCAGCACAGGAAAAAAUUAAAAUCCCCCCCCCCACCCACCCAAAAAAAAAAAAAAAGAGAAAUGAACUAAAGCAUGUUUGUCAUCAAAUAUGUGAUGUGGAAUUAGCUUGCACUACAAUUUUAUGACUAUGUAUUAUAUGCGCCUGAGAUAAAGGCACUGUAGAUACCUGCACCUGAUACACCACUGAUGGAAACCAGUGUAUUUGUAUAUAUGUAUAGUGAAUAGUUAUAUAUCCUACGUUGUAUUGGUUUCCUCUGUACUGCACUGGGUGAUGGAAUAGGACCAGAACUGAGUGUUUGUUUAUGAAAUCUCUGUGUUUAUCAGUUUAACAUCAUGUUUAGUAACAGUUCUUCACAGGAUUUAAAUGGAUUAUUCAAAGAUUUCUCUUUUUUUUUUCUUUUUGUAUUUUUCGGGAAGAUUAUAUUUAGCUGGUCAGAUUGGAAAAGUGGAGUCUGUACAGUACUGUGAAGAUACAAAAGGACUGUUAGAAGUGUGUUCUUUUAUGCUGAAUUAAGGCUUUAUCUUGGUUCCUCAGUAUCUACAAGCAUGCUGACUCUAAGUGCCACAGUAUAAUGUACAGUACAGUAGGACCUCUGUGAUGUCGGUUAAUUAAAGAUGCUGUCAACAGC